GUUUGCAUUGCACAUUCAGAAGUGUGACAGGCAGUUUCAACGCAUCUUUGAUGGCCACAUUCGAUGAGACUACUGAAGAAGAAUGCAUGAGUAAAUGCUCAAUGGUUCUGGAAUGCACUUUCAUGGAGUACAAUGAGGGAUUCUGCAAAACUUACAAGUACGGUACCGAAGUGCACGAUCUGGACUCCGCUAGCAAGGCUUUUGCGUAUUCAUUCGACGAGGAGCAAACAUCUUGCCCAACUGCAACUGUAUCUAGACCGCAAAGUUAUACCAAAAAACCGACUGUAAAAUUGUCGAUCGACGACAUAUGCGAUCGUAGAUAUAACUAUAGUGAAUGGGAAGCCGUAACAAAGACGAGCUGGGCUGAAACACCGGAUGACAUACGCACUUGCUUGUAUAACUAUACAUCAUUUGUAAGUCGAUUAUGA